UGGCUCGUUGGUCCGUUCGCCGUGAAACUAGCGUUCAGUGCAUCAGCUGCCGGAGUUCAGCUCGGAUGUUUUGGCAGCUGAUUUUAUUCUUGCUUAUGUCGAUGGCGAAAACAUUCUGAAGUUCUCACUGUUCACUGUUCGUUUCGGGGGGAGUCGUUUAGUACCGUGAUUGUAGAUCUCGCGAGACAUUGCAGACAAUAAGUAGAGGGAAAUACGCGGGCAAGUCUCUCGCUUUAUUCGAGAAGUAGAGAACGAUGACGUCAUGUGUUCAACAUAAGCUGUUUUCACUUUGUUCCGCUACAACAAUAUUCCGCGGGUGCAGGUGUGAUACCUUAUCGAACGAAAGUUGUGUUGAGAAAUUCAUCGAGUACAAUACCAAACCGGUACAAAGUAUAUAGAGUAAACAGAUAUAUUAGUAUUUCAAUUAAUAAACCGGAGGACUCGUGAUGGAUUCCGAGGAAGAAACAUAUGACGAUGUCGAUUCUGGCAAUGAAUCCAGUGGAGAUGAUGUUGACUUUGCAAUGGAAAUCGAGGCUGGUAACCCAAGAGAAAGGGCUACUGAUGUUGACGACUAUCCUUUUGAAGUGUUGUCAACAGAGGAAAUAGUGCAGCAUAUGGUUGAUUCUAUUAAGGAAGUUAAUACAGUUGUAGAAAUACCAGCUACAACCACGCGUAUUUUAUUAAAUCAUUUCAAAUGGGACAAGGAAAAAUUAAUGGAGCGCUUUUAUGAUGGUGAUCAGGAAAAGUUGUUCGCUGAAGCACGAGUUGUGAAUCCAUUUAGGAAAGGUCCAUUAAUAAAUAGAACUCAGUCUUCUCAAAGUUCAUUGUCCAGAAGAACUUCGACAAAUGGUACGGAAGAAUGUGGGAUUUGUUUUACCGUUCAGCCAACUGCAAUGAUGACUGGACUUGAGUGUGGACAUCGUUUUUGUACUGGCUGCUGGGGAGAAUAUCUCACAACCAAAAUUAUGGAAGAAGGAGUCGGUCAAACUAUUGCAUGUGCGGCACAUGCUUGUGACAUUUUAGUUGAUGAUGCCAGUGUUAUGCGUCUUGUAAAAGACUCUAAAGUGAAACUGAAAUAUCAACAUUUAAUAACAAAUAGUUUUGUUGAAUGCAAUAGGUUAUUAAGGUGGUGUCCAUCUCCAGAUUGUAAUAAUGCUAUAAAAGUGCAGUAUGUAGAAGCAAGGCCGGUAACUUGCAAAUGUGGACAUACCUUCUGUUUCCAUUGCGGAGAAAAUUGGCAUGAUCCUGUAAAAUGUCAUUUAUUGCGUAAAUGGAUAAAGAAGUGCGAUGAUGACUCUGAAACGUCAAACUGGAUUGCCGCAAACACAAAAGAAUGCCCGAAAUGUAACGUCACGAUUGAGAAAGAUGGUGGAUGCAAUCAUAUGGUUUGCAAAAAUCAAAAUUGUAAAACUGACUUUUGUUGGGUGUGUCUCGGUCCGUGGGAACCACAUGGUUCCAGCUGGUAUAAUUGUAAUCGUUACGAUGAAGAAGAGGCUAAAGCCGCGAGAGAUGCUCAAGAAAAAUCGCGAUCUGCAUUACAGAGAUAUCUAUUUUACUGCAAUAGAUAUAUAAAUCAUAUGCAAUCAUUAAAAUUCGAAAGUAAACUGUAUGCAAGUGUAAAAGAAAAAAUGGAGGAGAUGCAACAGCAUAAUAUGUCAUGGAUUGAGGUACAAUUUUUAAAGAAAGCAGUAGACAUUUUGUGUUCCUGUAGACAAACUCUUAUGUAUACUUAUGUUUUUGCUUAUUACGUGCGAAAAAACAACCAAUCUGUGAUUUUUGAAGACAACCAAAAGGAUCUAGAAGGCACCACAGAACGCCUUUCUGAAUACCUUGAACGAGAUAUUACAAGCGAAAAUCUUGCUGAUAUUAAACAAAAAGUUCAAGACAAAUAUAGAUAUUGCGAUAGUCGGAGGAAAGUGCUUUUGGAACAUGUACAUGAAGGUUAUGAAAAAGAUUGGUGGGACUACGUUGAGUAGAAAUCUGAACCAACUUUGUUUUUUGGGCGUGCAAGACAAGGUUUCUUUCUUGACACUUUUGCCCCAGCUGUGAUAAAUCAAGAAAGCUGACAGGAAACAAAAAAAAAAAUAGAGCAUGUCACCAAGUGAUUUACAUGUUAGAUAUACUUUAAACGUAAUAUCUGUGGCAACACAUAUAUCGUUAUGAAUUUUUGAAUUUAUUAAAAUUGAAUCCUAUUACCAUCAGGCUAAUUGUAAAAUACUUUCGUACUGUAAUUAAUGAUGCUAAUUUGCGCUUGCUGUGUGCUAUUUGUCGUUACAUAUUUCAAUCCCCCGUAAACAUGUCUUGCAAUGAUAUUUUCAAGUCUUAAAUGAAUUUUACAUAUAAAUAUCGAAAUGAUAAACAACGGUAUGAAAAGAAAUCGAACAGUGUGUUG